UUAUUUUAUUUUUUCUGAAUGUGCGGCGACAAGAGCGGAUAUUGGGUUGCUAGGUUAUUUGUGUGCUGGAGUAUUGAUUAGUCAUACGGGGAAAAACCGGCUUCUGAAUUUUGUAAAUGAAUAAGCAAUAGGAACAACGAUACGCGUUAAAGGAAACCAUUUCGCGAUAGUAUUAUCCGCGCGUACGAGCUCUCCGAUUCCAUUCAAUUUUCAUUACACUUUGUUGCUUCAUUCUGAUUACUUUUUUUGCAUAGCACGUCCAGAAUUGCAGUGUCCUUGGCAGGAACGAGAAAAGCAGCGAUAUACUCGUCAACAAUAGCAGGAAAUAGUUGUUGUAACUCUUAUCGAAUAGUUUGAUGGAUUGCGUUGAUCAAUAAGCGCGCAAUUUCGCUGAGCCCUUCCCUUAUAAUACCCCCUUACUUCACCAUACCUCGGUGGGCCCCCGUGUCAGGUCGCGACGUGACCCAUUCUCGAUCCUCCAGCAAGCCUUGUACCCAUCCAUCCAUUUAGUGAUGUUUAAUUUCGAGAGCAGCAUGGACGCUUGCUUUACGGCCUUCGACAAGAACGGCGACGGUAAACUCGAUAUAGAUGAAUUUCGACUUAUUGCUCGCGCCUUGUUCCGUAACGACAAGGGCAAGAUCUACUCUCUAGAAGAGGAUAAACUCAAUGAGGUGUUCAAAGUAUUUGACCAGAACCAGGAUGGAUUCAUCGACAAGGAAGAGUUUCUAUUCUGCUGGAAUCACUGGAUUAAAAUCAUCGUCAGACCUAUCUCUGUUUUCCUCAUCGUCGAUGUUCAGAACGAUUUCAUAAGCGGUACUUUGAACAUAAGCAACUGCUCUGCCCAGCAAAAUGGGCUUGAUGUUAUCGAACCUAUUAAUCGGCUUCUGGAAAAUGUGGACUUCGAUGCUGUUUUCUAUUCCCUCGAUUGGCAUCCGAGCGAUCACGUCUCCUUCAUUGAUAACAUCAAACAGAGGCCAGUGCAUUCCACCAGUCCUAUUUCAGCAGAGAAUGCACAGACCUAUGAUACUGUCAUCUUCGCAGGACCACCGCCGAUGAAGCAGAGGUUGUGGCCGAGGCAUUGCGUACAGGAUACAUGGGGAUCUGAAUUGCACAAAGAAUUAAAGAUGCUCGAUAAUUCCAUCAAGGUGUACAAAGGUACGAAUCCCGAGGUGGACUCGUAUUCUGUGUUUUGGGAUAAUAAGAAGCUGACGGAUACGACUCUGUGUGCCCAAUUGAGGAUCAAAAAUGCUACGGACAUCUAUAUCUGCGGGUUGGCUUACGACGUGUGUGUAGGCGCGACGGCGGUCGAUGCCCUCGCGAUAGGCUACAGGACUAUCCUGCUGGACGAUUGCAGCCGCGGCGUCGAUCUGCUGGAUAUAGAGAAAACGAAGAACACAGUGAUCAAGAACGACGGCGUCAUCGUGAAUUCGGAUCAGGUGAAGGCGAUGGUCGAGGGCAGAGAUCGCAGACCCGAGCUUGGCUACAAACUGGCCAUGGAAUUGAAAGCGAAUCUGAUGCUGUAGAGCGGACCGCAUUCGCUGCGUAGCCUAGCUUAAAUGUACUUAAACCAGAUUGUUUAAAUAAAGUGAGAAAUAUUAGUUUUGCAA